GUGGCGACCGCGGGCACCGGGGGGUGUCGGGGGGCGCGGUUUGCUCCUGGCGAAACUGAAAAUGUUACUUUGUACAAAAAGUACCUUAAGUUUGAAUGCCCUGCAGCCUCCUGUAGAAUUAAGCUGCUCUCCAUUGGCUCAAGCAUAGAUCUAGACAGAGUGCAAACUAUAAUGGAGUCUAUGGGAUCUAAGUUGUCUCCAGGUGCUCAGCAACUCAUGGAUAUGGUCCGAUAUCAGCAGAAAAACAGUUUACCUCUUGGAGACAAACUUAAUUGGAUCUUUGGGAAAAAUUCAGAGCUUGGGGGUGACCAUGCAAUAGAUGGAUUGCACAGUGCAGCUACUCGGCCAUCACUAGAUCAGUCAGCCAGUGAACUGCUGCCUGUUGAAAGUCAUUCAACAAGUGAAACAAUACAUGAAGGCUUAAAAAUAAGUCGUGAUCUGAACACCCUGGUACCUGAAAGAGGGAACACUCUUGAUUCUGAAAGACUUACUGCUCAGCAAAAUACAGUUGACCUCAGAAAUUGUUUAAAACUCAUGGGAUCUUUGCAUGUGCAGGAACAAGCGAGCGAACCCCCAAAUGUGGCUCAUCCACAGGUGCUGCUUCCUUUUCUUCAAAACCUGUGUAGUCAGGUGAACCAUCUUCGGCUAAAAGAUGGCGAUAGGCGUUUUGGUAAAAAUGUGGUGACUAGAGAGGAAGGUGUUCAGUGUGCCGGACUAGAACAACAGCCUAUUUGCUCCUAUUUGGAAAAGAUCAUCUCAAAAAAUAUGGAUCUGAUGGAGAAAAAACUAAUGGACUAUAUUGAUCGCCAGAUCCAGGCUCUUCAGACACACAUAGAUAACAAAAUGGUUCUCUUAAUGGACUUGGUUCAGAACUCAAAGCCAAACAAAAUUUCACAAGCGCACUAUGAUUCUAAUGAAGGGUUCUCUAAUGGAGAGAGGUAA